AGACCCAUUUCUCGCAUGCAUUCUCUCUUCUCCUCUUUCUCACUAAUAUAGACAGUAUCAUUCUCAUCAGAAGAAGAACAAGUAGACAGAAGAAGAAAAGAAGAAAUGGCUUCAAGACCCAUUGUUCCACAGCAAGCCAGAGGUGAGGCAGUCGUAGGAGGAGGAGCGGUUAAGCAACAAAAGAAAGCCGGGGCGGUGGCUGAUGGGAGAAACCGCCGUGCACUAGGUGAUAUUGGCAAUCGCGUGACCGUUAGAGGAGUCGACGGCAAGCCUGAGCCUCAGAUCGACGGCAAGCCUCAGCCUCAGAUCGACGGCAAGACUCAGCCUCAGACUCAGAUUACUCGCCCCAUCACCAGGAGUUUUUGCGCUCAAUUACUCGCCAAUGCACAAGCUGCAGCAGCUGCUGAGAAUAACAAGAAACAAGUUUGUGUUAAUGUGGAUAAGGCCCCUCUUCUUGUUGAGGGACUUCCGGUGGGUAAAAAACCAGUGGCUGCAAAGGCAGCUCAAAAAAAAGUCUCUGUUAAACCAAAGCCCCAGGAGGUGAUUGAGAUUAUUUCGGAUUCAGAAGAAGAGGUUAAGCCUAAGAAGCAAAACGCGAAAAAGGAGAAAGAUGGGUCGUCCAAGAAGACUCUUAGUUCAGUACUUACUGCUAGAAGCAAGGCCGCUUGUGGUCUGGCUAACAAGCCUAAGGAAGAGAUUGUUGAUAUUGAUUCAAAGGAUGCUAACAAUGAUUUGGCUGGAGUUGAAUAUGUUGAGGACAUCUAUAAGUUCUACAAGCUAGUAGAGAAUGAAAACAGGCCACACAGCUAUAUGUAUUCACAGACUGAAAUUAAUGAGAAGAUGAGAGCCAUUUUGGUAGAUUGGUUGAUCGAUGUUCAUCAAAAGUUUGAGCUUUCUCCUGAGACUCUUUAUCUAACCAUCAAUAUAAUUGAUCGGUUCCUUGCUGUGAAGAAUGUGCCCAGGAGGGAAUUACAGUUGUUAGGAAUGGGGGCCAUGCUUAUAGCCUCUAAGUAUGAAGAAAUCUGGGCCCCUGAGGUCAAUGAUUUGGUAUGCAUUUCAGACAGAGCUUACUCUCAUCAACAGAUUUUGGUUAUGGAGAAAGCUAUUCUGGGAAAACUCGAAUGGACUUUGACAGUGCCUACACAUUUCGUAUUUCUAGCUCGCUUCAUCAAGGCAUCAAUUCCUGAUCAGGAAAUGGAGAACAUGGUGUAUUUUCUUGCUGAAUUGGGGUUGAUGAAUUAUGACACCUUGAUCUUCUGCCCAUCAAUGGUUGCUGCUUCAGCAGUCUAUGCCGCUCGUUGUACACUAUAAAAGAGCCCUGUUUGGACAGAGACACUUAAGCUUCAUACUGGUUUCUCAGAAGCUCAAGUCAUGGAUUGUGCUAGGCUACUGGUGUACUAUCACUCAAAACUUGCAGAAGGCAAACUUCAAGUUGUAUACAGAAAGUACUCAAAUCCUCAGCGAGGGGGAGUUGCGUUGCUUCCACCGGCUAAAAGUCUCUUGUCCGGUGAUGCUUCAACUGGUGCAGUGAAGAACACAGUUCAACCUAUUAGUUAGUUAACUUUCUGGUUUCUCUUGAGAAGAAAACAUUGAUAUGUAACUAGCAAGUUACACUGCUGAUUCUUUUAUUUCUUUUAUUAUGAAAGAUGUUUGUUGUUCAACUGAUGAUUGAAUUUAAUGACUUCUCAAUCCUGAAAUACGACAGAAAUUAUCAAUCUAA